UUGUAGUCUUGGGGAGCUAAGUAAGGUUGAUCGGCGUGGGUAGAAUCGACAUCGGAGCUGGCGAAACUCGGGAGUGCCUGGACGAGAAGGAAUGGAUAAAUUAAAGCGAGUUCUCAGCGGACAGGACGCGGAGGACCCGGGACCUCUGGCAGAGAUAGCUGAUGCAACUACCUUAAGCUGGAGUACCAGACUGAAAGCCUUCAUAGCUUGUUUUAUAAUAGGAGUUGUGUGUUCUGUUCUGGGUUCGUUUCUACUAAUGGUUCCUAAGAAAGGACCUAUCUUGUUUGGAGUAUUUUAUACCGUGGGAAAUAUCUCCUCCAUUGGAAGUACCAUGUUUCUUAUGGGACCAGUGAAACAAUUAAAAAGAAUGUUUGAACUCACUCGUUUGAUAGCUACAAUUGUUAUGCUUCUAUGCCUCAUAUUAACUCUGUGUGCAGCUUUCUGGUGGCAUAAUAAAGGGCUUACUAUCCUCUUUUGCAUUUUACAAUUCUUUGCCUUGGCAUGGUACAGCAUUUCCUACAUACCAUUUGCAAGGCUAAGUUGGCUAUCUUUUUACAUUGAGGACUACAACACCUGCAUAACCAAAUGAUUCUUGAAACAGCACACACCUGCCUAAGAACAAAGCACUAAGGUGUUAAGUUAACGUGAAUCAGAAGACAAAGCUACUAUAUAUUCCCCUGAAGAUAACACAUUUUAUGAAAAUUUCAAGAUAAAUUAUGUCUCGUCUUCACUUGCAAAACUAAUACUUAAUGUAUGCUACAAAAAUUUUUCUUCAGGUGAUUUUAUUUCAGAAGUAAAAUGGAUAUUCUAAUUGUGAAAGGGAUCGGAUGAGAUUUUACUACCUUCUAUCAACCAAUUUUUAUCAAAAAGUUCAAAGGACAGAUUACAUUUUGGAAAACAUUAGCUAAGCAUGCAGUGAAUUUUUCUCCAUAACAUACUUUUACUUGCUAUCAAAAGACCAUUUCUAAAUGUCUCCUUACCUUCUAAAAAUCAUGAUUGCAAAUUGUAUGAGGGAAGUUACUGGAAUUAAUUUGUUGUCUAACAGGAUAGCAAGUAUAAUUCUUUACUUUAAAUUGUAUGAAUUAGUGUCUGUUUAGAAAGAGAAUCAGUAAUUGGAGAAAAAUAGGAGUCAUAACAAUAGAUAAGAUGAUUUCUGCAAGCAUGUCUAUUUAUGGACUUUUACACAUGUGGCCUUGAAAUGAAAUAAAAUCUAGACUUCUGCCUUUAUUGCUGACUUACAUUUUGAAAAAAAAAAAUCCUAUCCUUGAUGCCACUGUAGUGGCUCCCUUAUUUUCAUUUUCAUUUUCAUGUUGGUCAACUCUACAUGUACAACUCAUGUUGUACAACUCAAAAGUGUACCAUAAUCUAACUGGAGAAACAAACAUCUUAGAUUUUGAGUGCCUUCUUUUCUCAUCUUGUCUUUUCUUUCAAUAUUUGUUUGGUUGCAUAAUUUAUCACCGUGGUUCGUCAUGAAAGAGGAUCAUAUAUUUCAUGCUUUGAUUUCCCCAUAGGAUAGUAUACUGAGAUUAUUUAUACUGCCAGAUGCUAGCAUAUUGGCAGUUUUUGCCGCAUUCCUUUUUUCUCCUUUAUGCAUUGGCAUAUUCCUUGGUUAUCUCUCAUAAGAAGUAAAAUUAGUGUGUGUACAUGUUAAGAAUUAUUUGAGAGUUUUUGCAGUUGUUUUAUCUUGAUGCUACGCUAUGCUUAUUUAAAAAAAAAUCCAACAAUUUUGCCUUUGGUGGAAUUCAUGAACUGUAAGCAUUUAUUGCCAAAAGAAAAAUUAUAUACAAUCUACGUUCAUUAUACCGCCUUUUCUGAUUUCUUUCAUCUUUUGAAAGAGACUAAUACAGGAUAUAAGAGCACAGAAAUUUCCCAGUAAGGAGUAGCCACAUUAACUCUGAUUUUGUACACAGUGGAACCAAUGUUUGUAUCUAUCUAACUAGUUUAAUAUAGCUUCUUUGAUAAAUGUUGUUGGUUGUUUUAUUCCAGAGAUCUUGGAAAGUUAAUUGUAUUGUGCUGCUUACCAAAACCGAGCAUAUUUAUAGAUUUGUAAGCUUGAUAUUUGUAAAAUAAUUCAUUUUAUUUCAACUUUCAUUAUGAAUGAAGCACAAAAUUGUGUACACUGAUUGUAAAUGAAUUCAGGCAAAACAAUUCUAAGUAAUGUAUUAAAAUUAGGUCUACAAGGCCUCAGUUUUAAGAAAUGAA